AUGCGGGAUCUUCUGUUUCUUCUUCUGCUCAUUGCUCUUCUAGAACUGGCUUCGGCCAAAUGGGAACUUAAACCCUCCAUUAGCAUAAGUGGAGGAUGGGGAGGAAAGCGCAAGUCCUCGAAGUCCUCGAAGUCUCGCUGCCCUCAGCCACCUCCGCCACCACCGAGUUUGCAUAACUGCCCGGAUCCAAACCUGCCAGUGCACGCCUCGUGCGGAAGCUCAGUUGGGCUAACACCCCUCUAUCGCUCGUACAAUAAAAAAAUACGUGACCACUUCUACACGGUCGACCCGGCCGAGCAGCAAAACGCGGCAAGAGAUGGAUUCGAUAUUGAAGGUCAAACGGGCUUCAUUGGAACGUUGGCGCCAGCGCACUGCCCUGGGAUGGUUCCACUUUAUCGAAUGUGGUCAAACUCAGCGAGUGCUCAAAGACCAAAG